CUGUUCUGUCUUUCUCUUGUCUCUUUUUGCAUUAAUUUGCAAAACAAUGUAAACUUUAGUCGUUGAGUUUUGUUUUGUUCUUAACAAAGACCUGUCUUGUUUCAUUUCUCACCGUUAGAUUAUCCUUUAGAUAAUAACCUCAGAUUCUUAUUCGUCCUCAGAUCUCUCCUCAACCAUAAAUCUUCAUCCGACCAUAUUCACUUGUCCAAAACAACAUCCGAUCUGUGAAUUUUUCCGAAGCAUUCCCAUUUUUAUUUCUUCAGUUCUUUCUAUAAUUGAAGACUCAAUUAGGGUUUCUACAAUCAUCCAUGGCCGUUGACUUUCUCUAAGCUCAAGAACACAUGAUUUGGAAUCAAAAGUUAGGGUUUUGAUUUAUAUCUUUGGAAAAAAGGAUAUGGCUGCAACUGCAAUGGAGCCAUCUUCAUCUAUAAGCUUCACAUCUUCUCACUUAUCCAACCCUUCUCCUCUCCUCACCACUCAUCAAUCAUCAUCAGCCAAUCUCGAAGCAGCAAGUUUAGCCAAGCUCAGCACCGACUUGGAGCAGCUUCUCACCAACUUUGAUUGUGAUUACACUGACGCAGAGAUCACAUUCCAAGGAGAGGCUCAAGCAGUGGGUGUUUACAGAUGUGUUUUAGCUGCUAGGAGCAAGUUUUUCUUUGAGCUGUUCAAGAAAGAUAGAGAGAGUGGUGGAAAGAGUGAGGAGAAGAAACCAAAGUAUUAUAUGAAAGAUUUGUUGCCUCAUGGAGAUGUUGGCCGUGAGGCGUUCUUGCAUUUCUUGAAUUAUAUCUACACUGGGAAGCUAAAGCCUUUCCCUGUAGAGGUUUCCACUUGUGUUGAUACGGUUUGUGCUCAUGAUUCUUGUAAACCCGCCAUUGAUUUCGCUGUUGAGUUGAUGUAUGCUUCGUAUACGUUCCAAAUCACAGAGCUGGUUUCAUCGUUUCAGAGGAGGCUUUGUAACUAUGUUGAGAAGUCACUAGUGGAGAAUGUUCUUCCAAUCCUCUUAGUUGCGUUUCAUUGUGACUUGACUCAGCUUCUUGAUCAGUGCAUUGAGAGAGUAGCCAGAUCAGAUCUAGACAGAUUCUACAUGGAGAAGGAGCUUCCUCUCGAAGUAUCUGAAAAAAUCAAGAAGCUUCGAGUUAAGUCAAUGAACACAGACGAGGUGGCUGAUAAAUUGGUAGAGAGAACAGGGAAAGUACUUAAGGCAUUGGAUUCAGAUGAUGUUGAGCUAGUGAAGCUUCUUUUGACCGAGUCAGAUACAACUCUAGACCAAGCUAAUGGUCUGCAUUAUGUAGUGGCUUAUAGUGAUCCAAAAGUUGUGGCUGAGGUUCUAGCUUUAGAUAUGGCUGAUGUGAAUUUCAGAAACUCAAGAGGAUAUACGGUUCUUCAUUACGCUGCUAUGCGUAGAGAGCCGUCAAUUAUCAUAUCAUUGCUUAAGAAAGGAGCUAAUGCUUCGGACUUUACAUUUGAUGGACGCAGUGCGGUUAAUAUAUGUAGGAGACUCACUAGGCCUAAAGAUUAUUAUACCAAAACUGCAAAAGGGGAUGAAGCUAGUAAAGAUCGGUUGUGUAUAGAUAUUUUGGAGAGGGAGAUUAGAAGGAAUCCAUUGGCUAGUGGAGAUACACCUACCUGUUCUCAUUCUAUGCCUGAGGAUCUUCAAAUGAGGUUGUUGUACUUAGAAAAGAGAGUGGGACUUGCUCAGUUGUUUUUUCCAACAGAAGCUGAUGUAGCUAUGGACAUUGCUAAUGUUGAAGGGACUAGCGAGUUCACAGGUUUUCCUGUUCCACCACCAUCAAAUUGUGCAACAGGAAACUUGACUCAGGUUGAUUUGAAUGAAACGCCGUAUAUGCAAACUAAAAGACUGCUUACUCGUAUGGAAGCACUUAUGAAAACAGUUGAGACAGGUAGGAGGUAUUUUCCAUCUUGUUCAGAGGUUCUGGACAAGUACAUGGAUGAUUAUAUGGACGAGGACAUACCUGAUAUGUCGCAUCCGGAGAGAGGCUCAGUGAAAGAGAGGAGAUGGAAGAGGAUGAGAUAUAAGGAGCUGAAGAACGAUGUUAAAAAGGCAUAUAACAAAGAUAAACAGGCCAAGAUAGCACGGUCUUGUCUCUCUGAUUCAUCACCAUCACCAUCACCAGCUUCUUCUCUUAGAGAGUCCUUAGAGAACCCAACGUGAUAUUGUGUCAUAAUCUGAAUGUAAUAAAGAGACUUCUUGAAGAAAGUUGUUGGUUUAGGUGUUUUAUAGUUAAAGAUUGGAGAUUCCAUUUUUGUUUUAGGAUAUGAUUUGUAUUAAAGGGAAUUGAUUAUUGAAAUGUAUAUUGGGAUGCUCUCAAGAUCUGAACCCAAAGCCUUCAGUCACUUACAAGUUGUGAAAAAAUGCUGUUUCUGAAUCUGUUUACCAGCGAAGAUGUGUGAUAUCUCAGAUUUAGGCAAGCCUACCAUGUCUGUAUAAGAAGUCUGUGAUAUUUCAGAUUUUCUUGGUUUUUGCAAAAUAUUAC